CUCGAGCGCUGUCAGACGGCCAGGUCAGCACGGCGGCAGCGACGCAGCUCGGCUACAAGAAGGAGCUGGCUAACUAACGAACCGUGCUCACUUAAACAACGUUUCCCUGUCGAAAUCUGCGUUGAGUAAAUACAAACUGCGACGUAUUGCACUCGCGAUAAAAUGAAGAGGCGGAUAGACUCGGCUUUUGUGCCGGUUUUCUUGCUGUUUGCUUUGCAUUCGUGCUCGGCUUUCUAUCUUCCGGGUUUAGCCCCUGUGAGUUUUUGUGAAGAGGGCAAAGGAGGCGAUGAUUGCCAGGUGAACAUCCAGCUAUUUGUAAAUCGCUUGGACUCAGUGGAAUCAGUCCUGCCUUAUGAGUAUGAUGUGUUUGACUUUUGCAAAGAUGCUGAAGAAAAGAGGCCUUCUGAGAACCUCGGACAGGUGCUGUUUGGUGAAAGAAUCGAGACAUCGCCGUACAAAUUCAGCUUCAAUAAAGAGGUGAAAUGCAAGCCAGUAUGCACCAGAACUUACGCAAAGGGCAAUCAAGACAGCAUAGCCAAACUGGAUUUCCUCAAGAAGGGAAUGCAGCUGAACUACCAACACCACUGGAUCAUCGACAACAUGCCAGUGACCUGGUGCUAUGAAGUCGAGGACAGUCAGAAGUACUGCAACCCUGGUUUCCCCAUUGGCUGCCUUGUCACACCAGACGGUCGAGCUAAAGAUGCCUGUGUAAUUAAUGCUGAGUUCAAUAAGAAAAACACCUUCUACAUCUUCAACCAUGUGGACAUUAAGAUCACUUACCACAGUGGAGCACAAGAGGGAUGGAGAGGGGCUCGACUGGUGGCUGCCACCCUGGAGCCUAAAAGUAUCAAGCAUUCAGAUGAGAAAAACCCAACUUGUGGUGAAGGCCCACCAAUGGAGAUCCCUGGGGAGUCUGAUAGUGAUGUGGCGAUAACUUACACCUACUCUGUGACUUUUGAGGAAAACAAUUCUAUCAAGUGGGCGUCUAGGUGGGACUACAUCUUGGUUUCCAUGCCGCACACCAACAUCCAGUGGUUUAGCAUCAUGAACUCCUUGGUCAUUGUCCUCUUCCUGUCUGGCAUGGUGGCCAUGAUCAUGCUGAGAACACUCCACAAGGACAUCGCCAGAUACAACCAGGUGGACCAGGCAGACUUGAUAAAGCUUGCAUCGAUCUCAGGACAAACACCUUUCUAUGAGGACGCCCAGGAGGAGUCGGGGUGGAAACAAGUACACGGGGAUGUUUUCCGCCCACCCAGGAAGGGCAUGUUGUUGUCUGUGUUCCUCGGACAGGGCACCCAGAUCUUCAUCAUGACCUUCAUCACCCUCUUCCUGGCCUGUCUGGGUUUCCUGUCCCCAGCCAACAGAGGUGCUCUCAUGACAUGUGCCGUGGUCCUCUGGGUUCUGCUGGGCACCCCUGCUGGAUAUGUAUCUGCACGCCUGUACAAAACUUUUGGAGGUGAAAAGUGGAAGACAAAUGUCCUGUUGACGGCACUCCUAUGCCCUGGGAUUGUGUUUGCUGACUUCUUCCUCAUGAACCUGAUCCUUUGGGUGGAGGGUUCCUCAGCAGCAAUCCCCUUCGGUACUCUCGUGGCCAUUUUGGCCCUGUGGUUUGGUAUCUCUGUGCCCCUCACCCUUGUCGGUGCCUACUUUGGAUUCAAGAAACCUGCAAUAGAGCAACCAGUGCGAACCAACCAGAUUCCCCGCCAGAUUCCAGAGCAGUCGUUCUUCACAAAGCCCAUCCCUGGAAUAAUCAUGGGUGGCAUCUUGCCCUUUGGCUGCAUCUUCAUUCAGCUUUUCUUCAUUCUCAACAGCAUUUGGUCUCACCAGAUGUACUACAUGUUUGGGUUCCUGUUCCUGGUUUUCAUCAUUCUGCUCAUCACCUGCUCUGAGGCCACAAUCCUGCUCUGCUAUUUCCAUCUAUGCGCUGAGGACUACCACUGGUGGUGGCGUUCCUUCCUGACCAGCGGCUUCACAGCAGUUUAUUUGUUCAUCUAUGCUGUACAUUAUUUCUUCUCCAAGCUGCAGAUCAUUGGAGCAGCUAGCACCAUUCUCUACUUUGGCUACACAAUGAUCAUGGUCCUCAUCUUCUUUCUUUUUACAGGUACCAUUGGCUUCUUUGCCUGCUUCUGGUUUGUAAAUAAGAUCUACAGUGUGGUCAAGGUGGACUAGAGGACUGAGGGGAAACACUGACUCCUUUCACUCCCAGUACUGGCCGCCUUAGUGCUGGUUUGGAGAGGAAAUGGUCUGAAUAGACCCGAACUGGAAUCAUCACUUAUCUAAGAAAAGCCCUAAAGAGCAAAGCCCGUCCUCUUUUGUGCUUUAAACCUCUGUUGCAAUUGUUUCUGUUUGUUUUUUUUUUUUUUGUUUGUUUGUUUUUUUAAAUAAUUCUGUGUUCACUUUUGACCAGUAAAUAGUUCUGAGUGGCACCUUUGAACAUCAGGGUGAAUUCCAGUGAUCUGGUUGUCACAGUGAGCGACUUGUUCCAGUGGGUUUAACAGGAAAAGUUUGUUUUCUUUUUUUCUAAUGAAAAUAAAAGGCUCUGUAUUUUGCUUUUAUAUUCCCAUAUGGCUAAAUUACAUUUUUUCACCACUUCUGCUGCAGUGAUGAAAUAUAUGUGUGUAUGUGUGUGUAUGUGUAUUUCUGUAUAUAUAGAGGGAGAGAUACUUAAAGAAUGUUACCAGUAUGGCGCUGUCCUUAAAGACAUGAUCUUUUUUUUUUUUUUUUUUUUUUUUUUUAAACUGUUGGAAGUGAAGACAGGGCUAUAAAUUGUUAAUUAUCAUCAGCCUAUAUUGUAGUUCAGAAAUUAUAUAAAAUACUGAUAUUGGUAUGAUACAUGUCAGUUCUUUCUUAUGUAAUGGUUACAUUUCAGUUGGCUUCAAAUCAGCCCGUGACCUGGGUUAUGAAACACAUCUGUAUGGUAGAGGUUUAGGCUCCAGCUGCAGCUGAUGUGUUAAUGACAUGCCCGGUUUGCUUCACCACAGAAGAGGUUCUCACUAAGUUAAUCAAAAUGAAGACCAUGAAUUUGCUGACGAAGUACAUACACAAAUGCACACUUGUAGAUGUUAGUAAGUGGUUUACUGAUCUGUAACUACAUAAAACACUGCUGACUUUUGCUUCUAGCAGUGUGGAGUCAUCACCCAAGGUGAUAACAUUUUUACAAAAUAAAUGCAAUUAAUUGGAACACUCUU